CGCGUCUCCCUCACUGUGCAGACUCCGUCCCUCUCUCCACAUCCAGCACUGAGCAACUUGACUGCGGCUGUCAGCAGGCGCCGGUGCAGAGGAGUUGUGAAGAAUAGAACGAGGGAGGAGUCAAUGUUCUCUCCUCAGCACACUGUGACUGGGAGUUCUGUGAGGGUUUGAGCCUGUCGGGACCCCUUUGCUGCAGCCCCCCUUUCAGGUUUGGUACUUUCCACCCACAGUCCUAAAGCAAAAACAGCAAUUAGCUAAAGUUCCGGACCUGACUCCACCCACUCUGCUCUGGGUCCCCUUUGCCAUGGCCUUCACCCUGUCAGAGAUUAUGGCGGCGAGGCGGCAGCAGUCGCAGGCUCAGUCACAGGCCCAGCGAGGCAACAGGACCACGGUGGAGGUGGACGAGUACAGCACCAAUCCCACUCAGGCCUUCACCUUCUACAACAUCAACCAGGGACGCUUCCAGCCACCACACGUCCACAUGGUGGACCCAAUGGCCCACGACACGCCUAAGCAACCUGGCUACACCCGUUUUGUGUGCAUCUCAGACACUCACUCUCGGACAGACAGCAUCGUAAUGCCAUAUGGAGACGUGUUCAUCCACGCCGGAGACUUCACCGAGCUGGGACUACCGUCCGAGGUCAAGAAGUUUAACGACUGGCUAGGUACCCUGCCCUACGACAUCAAGAUAGUAAUUGCCGGAAACCAUGAGUUGACCUUUGACCAAGAGUUUAUGGCCGACCUGAUCAAGCAGGACUUCUACUACUUCCCCUCUGCCUCCAAGCUGAAGCCGGAAAAUUAUGAGAAUGUCCAGUCGCUGCUCACUAACUGCAUCUACAUGCAGGAUUCUGAGGUCAGCGUAAGGGGCUUCAAGAUCUACGGCUCCCCCUGGCAGCCCUGGUAUUAUGGUUGGGGUUUCAACUUACCACGGGGUCAGGCUCUGCUGGACAAGUGGAAUCAGAUCCCCGAAAACACAGACAUCCUGGUCACACACUGCCCCCCGCUGGGUUUCUUGGACUGGGUUCCGAAGAAGAUGCAGCGUGUCGGGUGCAUGGAGCUACUCAACACGGUCCAGAGGAGAGUCCAGCCCAAAUUACAUGUGUUUGGACACAUUCAUGAAGGUUAUGGCAUGAUGACAGAUGGAACCACGACAUUUGUCAACGCUUCAGCAUGCACCGUAAACUUCCUGCCUAUGAACCCACCCAUUGUCUUUGACCUCCCCAACCCUAGGACCACAUGACUAGAGGAAGCUGUCCCGCAAAUGCUCACGGCCAAUCAGGAAAAAGGAGCAGGCAAAAAUAGGUGAGAUCAGCAGGCAGAACUAAAUGAUGUACAUAUAGAGCAGGUGUGGUUUUAAUGUGAUGCCAAAUAGUACCACUGGGGUCCAUUAGUGUAGGGAACCUAGGACCAGAGGCUCAAACAGGUCAUUAAUGUUAUUUUGUGUGCCAUCAUUUCUUCACCAAUAGAAGUGUCUAAACAAAGACAAAUGAGUGGAGAGAUGCUUUACUUGAUGAGAAAUUGGACAUUUCUCUGUGUUCUCUUUUACUGCCCUGACAAUCUCAUGUGUCUCUCAGAGACUGAAAGAGACACGCUGAUGUCGCUGUUGGCCUUCGUAACUUCAAAUUAAACUGAAAGCGUUUGGACUUUCAGGGAAACAACCCAAUGCCUUGUUUACUGGAGAGUUUCGGUAGCAUGGACUCAGCAGUGGGACAUUUGCUAGUGGGGAGCUUCACUUUUUUAAACUUGUUCUCCCUUCCUUCUUGUAAACAUUCAUUUUCCAUGUUUUUCUUGGCUUCCUCAUUGCGGGAAUGUGUUUUUUGCCACUGUGCGUGAAUAUGUGAGAUCAAAGCGAGUGUGUGAGGGCAUCGGAAGGUCUCUGCCACAGGCUGUGUGAGAGUCAGGGUGUCAAACAUGUUGACACCGCUCUCUUGAGCCUCAUUACAGCCAGUGUUGCCAGGUCCCACCGAAUGGGGCUACCUUUGAAGAGUUGUGGGUUGGCUAUCUUGUCAGAAGGUUGGGUAGACCUCUUAUGCAUGCAAACUACAUGAAUAAUAUCUAUAAAUAAAAUCGAAAUGAAAUUAUUUAUUUAUACCCCAACUCCUACUGAACUGACUCCCUGAUUACAGCCGUCUGUACGCCUCUUAACCCACUGAAGAGAGGACGUAGAGGCAGCAACUCACAACCCUCUUUUCAUAUGGCCUCCCUUUUGCAAUUUCUCAUAUCUCUUGUUUUUUUCUUCCUCUCCCUCCUUCAUUUUGUGAAUAAUUAGUUCUAGGUCGGGCUUUUUGGACUUGAAAAGGACAGCAGGUAACAUGCAAUGUAAAGGUGCUACAUCCUCACCCAGCAUCUGAACAGAGAUGAUUGAUUUUCAUGUUUAAAUCUCUGUGUCGCUCACAGGAGAGAUGCAACUUUUUUUUAACCUUAUUCAAGAGAAGCUGACAAGUUUGAAACUAAAUGUACUGUAACUGGUCUUUGUAAAUGUUCUCUGUCAAUACAAAAAUGUUUUUCUGUAAGAUUUCCAAGUUGUUGCAAUGCUUUUUAAAAUUCUUAAGUAUUUGUGUCCAGAGAUGUGCGGUUGUUUCUUUUCAUUUAGUCUAUACAAUGUAAUUGUUACUUGUUAAUGUUAAUUUUGGUAAAGUCUUCUCUGUGCCAAUUUAGUGAUUGUUAACUCUCAUGUCCUUAAGCAGUUUAUCUGUUUUUAAAAGCUUUUCUUUUCUCUAUAUUUUUUGAUAUCCGUUUUAUGUCUAUGGCCAUUCCAACUGAAUCUGGUAAGUUCAUAAAACACACGUGUCUGGUGAUUAAUUUGUUCAUCAACAGGUCCUAAAGCAGUGCAUGGAGAGAUUCAUGUAUCACUCAUCAACACCACAGUUCCUGGAGCAUAUUAGAGACCAGUAGGGUGUUCAGAGAGACUUUCCCCAUAGACUAUAGUAAGAUCUGCUUAUAUAAAGGUUGUUGUUGGAUCAGCAUGUGAAAGCAUCAGAGCAAACUGGUUUGGCAGCUUCUGCAUCCAAAUAUUGAAAUCUUCAUCGUGAUAAAUAAGCACUGGGUUACAAAGUCAGCUGAGGCCAUUUAAGCCAUUCAGUUCAAACUGAGUAGUGACUGAGCUGCAAUGAUUAGUUGAUCAGCAGAAAAUUAUUCAGCUACUAGGUCUUGUCAUCGAAUAAUCAUAAUUAUUAUAAGAAUUUCACAUUUAAUGACAUGGUUUUGUAACCAGGCAGAUAUGCAUCGGUAUUUCAAUGCAUAGAUGCAAAGAAAGCAAGCAAUAUCUUCAAGUCAGACACUUUGCAACCCGUGCACAAAGUAGUAAUUGCAAUUAUAAACUCAGUUGACAGUUUUGUGUACACCAAGCUAAAGCUUACAUACUAACAGCAAAUCAUCCUUCAUGAAUACACCCCACUGAUGCUCUGUAACAAUUCAGACUUUACUUAAGUAUAUACAGUAGUUUUUGUCAAUGGAACUCAAUUUCAAGAGCACAUAUUAAUUUGUAAUGCAUAUGCAUUUGUACCCACCUACAGUAUAUGUGUGUCAUUUUCUUAGUAACAAGUCCCACUUUAUUAACUUGUUUUCCGAAAUGAAUGGGUCUUUGUUGAUGCUGGUACAGAAUUGCAUUGCAGUCCUAUUCAAAGGACCAAGUGACAAAGGGAACUAUAAAAGAGCAAAAGAUGGAGGGAACUUUCAUCUAUAAGUUUAAUAAAAUCUGAAUGUUCAGUCUGAUUCACCAAUUCCCUUCCUCAUUUAAAUGUCCCUCACUUUGAUGCUCCUCUACUUCAGUAGCUGUGUUGUGUUUGCUGUUUAAAAAAAAAAAAGUGUGUACAAUUCUUGAUUUAUUUUGAGGCAUGCUUAAAAGAGUUAAUGACUUCUGCCACUCAGACAAUCUGCAUAUGAAGAGUUUUAUUCCAAAAUGAGAUGUCCACCAUUUGAAAACAAAUGAUGCCCAAACAGGCAGAAUGACUGACAAGUAAAAGGCAGACUGUAGAGGUACUUUUUAAAGAGCCGUAAGUAACUUGUGUCCUAGCUGACAUUUUUACUUGCUGUAUCUUUUCUACUUUAACAUUAUGGGAUAGUUACUAAUGUCAGAUCUUUUUUUAAUUGAUGUAUAGCAUUUUGGAAUGAAAGUAUUCAUAUGGUAUUGUAUUCGGGACUUUCCCAUUUUUUAAACUGUAAAAUAAAAACAGGGAAGGAAGACCCAGCAGCUGCAAAACUGACCAUCGUCGCUUUUGGAGACAACUCUAAAAAUGUA